AUAAUUGCCUUUGAUGAACUUCGGACAGACUUCAAAAGCCCAAUAGACCAGUGCAACCCAGUCCACGCAAGAGAGCGGCUGAGAAAUAUUGAGCGUAUUUGCUUCCUCCUGAGAAAGCUGGUGUUGCCGGAGUACUCUAUCCAUAGUCUUUUCUGCAUAAUGUUUUUGUGUGCUCAGGAGUGGCUCACACUGGGGUUAAACGUUCCUUUGCUUUUUUAUCACUUCUGGAGGUAUUUCCGUUGCCCAGCAGAUAGUUCUGAGCUAGCAUAUGAUCCACCUGCAGUCAUGAAUGCAGAUACCUUGAGUUACUGUCAAAAAGAGGCCUGGUGUAAGCUAGCUUUCUAUCUCCUUUCUUUCUUCUACUAUCUGUACUGCAUGAUCUACACUUUGGUGAGCUCCUAA